CUUCUCCUCCUGAAGCCUGCUCGGGGGCACUCCCUCCUGGACCGCAGCAGCUCUGCGGGCCCCGGGGCAGCCCGGCAGAGGAAUACUCCCCGCAUACCGGCCACAGCUCCUGGCCCACUUCGCCCCCUUAAAGCCUCCCUCGCUCCGGGGCUCAGGCUGUGGAGCUGCUCCCCGCCGCCGCCGUGCCGUGUGCUGGGAGCAGCCCGCUGCCCUCAGCCAGCCUCUCCCGCUGUGCUCGCCCUUCACUCCCCUAGCAGCCCCGCAUGCAAAUCGAGCCCAGCACCAGGAAGUAAGCGGGGCGGCUGCGAGCCAACUGUCGGCUCUCGGGCGAGGUUCCUCCGCCGGCUGCCCCCCUCUGCGGCCGGCGGGGAGCAGCGCCGCGUCCUGCACGCACACCGAGCCCGCCCGGCCCCGCCGAGCCCCCGCCCGGGACACCCCUUUCUCUCCGAGCCCCGGCGGUAACCGUGGAGCUCAUUCGCUGCCGGCUCAACUUUCGCACCCGGGGAAGAAAUAUGGGAUGUAUAAAAUCAAAAAGGAAAGAGAAUCAGGAUGGAGAUGGGCUAGAUUUGAAGAAUCAACCAGUACGUAAAACUGAACGAACUAUUUAUGUGAGGGAUCCAACGUCCAAUAAACAGCAAAGGCCAGCAAAUACAGAAGCACAGCUCUUACCAGGACAGAGAUUUGUCAGUGAAGAAACAGAGGAGCGUGGAGUUAUUGUGAUAGCUUUGUAUCCCUAUGAUGGCCUUCAUGAAGAUGACUUGUCCUUCAAAAAAGGAGAAAAAUUGAAAGUUAUUGAGGAGCUGGGAGAAUGGUGGAGAGCAAAAUCUCUCUCAACAAGGAAGGAAGGCUUCAUUCCCAGCAACUAUGUAGCAAAAGUAAACACCCUGGAAACGGAAGAGUGGUUCUUCAAAGACGUAACCAGAAAAGAUGCUGAAAGACAACUCCUGGCUCCUGGAAACAGUCCUGGAGCUUUCCUUAUCAGAGAAAGUGAAACAUUAAAAGGUAGCUAUUCUCUCUCCAUAAGAGACUAUGAUCCACAGCACGGCGAUGUUAUUAAGCACUACAAAAUUAGGAGUCUAGACAAUGGAGGAUUUUACAUCUCUCCAAGAAUAACUUUUCCCAGCAUCAAUGAUAUGAUCAAACAUUAUCAAAAACAAUCAGAUGGCUUAUGCAGAAAGUUGGAAAAAGCUUGUAUUAGUCCCAAGCCUCAAAAGCCAUGGGAUAAAGAUGCAUGGGAAAUUCCACGGGAGUCAAUUAAAUUAGUGAAGAAACUUGGAGCUGGUCAGUUUGGAGAAGUCUGGAUGGGUUACUAUAAUAAUAGUACAAAAGUGGCUGUGAAGACUCUGAAGCCUGGAACGAUGUCUGUGCAAGCCUUCCUGGAGGAAGCCAACCUCAUGAAAACACUUCAGCACGAUAAACUCGUAAGGCUUUACGCUGUAGUGACCAAAGAAGAGCCUAUUUAUAUUAUAACAGAAUUCAUGGCAAAAGGAAGUUUGCUGGAUUUUCUGAAGAGUGAUGAAGGCAGUAAAUUGUUGCUUCCGAAGCUGAUUGAUUUCUCUGCUCAGAUUGCAGAAGGGAUGGCAUACAUUGAAAGAAAAAAUUAUAUCCAUCGAGAUUUGAGAGCAGCGAAUGUUCUGGUUUCGGACUUACUGAUGUGCAAAAUUGCUGAUUUUGGGCUAGCGAGAGUCAUCGAAGACAAUGAAUACACAGCAAGGGAAGGUGCAAAAUUCCCUAUUAAAUGGACAGCACCAGAGGCAAUUAACUAUGGAUCUUUCACUAUUAAAUCGGAUGUGUGGUCGUUUGGGAUCCUCCUGUAUGAAAUCAUUACAUACGGAAAGAUUCCUUAUCCAGGCAUGAGCAAUUCGGAUGUGAUGGUUGCUCUUCAGCGUGGGUACCGAAUGCCACGCAUGGAAACCUGUCCAGCUGAGCUUUACGAUAUCAUGAAAACAUGCUGGAAAGAUAAAGCAGAAGAGAGGCCAACAUUUGAUUAUCUACAGAGUGUGCUUGGUGACUUCUACACAGCAACAGAAGGGCAGUAUCAACAACAACCAUAGAGCAAAGAACACUUUUUCUGUUGACAUGGAUCAUAGGCACAGACUGCUAUUUGGACAGACUGCUCAAACCAAUUACUUCACAAGUCCGGAUGUCUUAACUGAGUGUGGAAGUUGAAAUGCUGAAGGAAAGAGUAAUUCUGCAGAGAAAAAAUAGUAUUUUUAUUUGGUUAGAACAGUUCCUCUAAAGCCUGAAGUUCUCCUUAAAUGCUCUGUGUUCGGCAUCUGCAGAAUCAUCCCAAAGGAAGAGGGCUUUUUGGGGUGGGGAGGGAGAAGGAAGGAAAGCCAUCAUGCACUGGUACAGUUUGCCAGUACCUUCUUGGAAUCUAAGUUAUGCAAUACGUUACUAAGAGACCUCUAUAAAUGGGGCAAGAAGAUGCCUGAACAGCUGUUUUCAAAAGAAAAAGUCAUGAAGGAGAACUUGGAGAUUUAAGACAUGGUGAUGUUCAUAAAUCAUCCUUUUUGAAAUGCAGCAUCUUGUGAAAAUUAUUUUUAUAUCUGUUAUCAUUGUUAUUUCACAUUAAUAUCUGGAGUACUGUCACCUCUUGUAAGACUUUCUGAAUGGUGUCAUGGUUUCCUUUAAGGAAAGGUGAUGUAUGUAAUUCUUUACACCGAAGAUGAUUCUGUUUUACUGCUGUAUUACUCAUACGAGGUUUAAAAUCAUUCUCAAAGCAUCACACAGCCAUUACAGCUGCAGAAGUGCAACAUGAACACACAAGACAGCAGGAGCAGCAGCACGCCUAGGACUGUGUUGAAAGUCAUCAUCCGAAGUCCAUGGCAAAGCACAGGAUUUUGAAGGAAAUUGAUACUUUCAUUGCAGUCACUGAGACUGUUACCAGUGAAAAUAUUUUAAUCUUAAUUUUAACCCUCUGUGGUUAUUCAAGACUAUUCCUUAUAUUUUUGCUGCUUUAAUCAACUAACUUCAAAAUGUGUUUUAAAGCUAAAACUAGCUCUAGUCCUGUCAGAAACAACUUGUGGAAACACACUAUAGGAUGUCAAGUUACACUGCAGUGACACUAUAGGUGUGUUGCUAUCUAAGUCCAGUUCCUAAAAGUGAAUGCUGUUUGCUAAGCUUUACCUAUAGAGGUGUUCUAUCAAGUUACUUUCCAAAACAGCUGAGCUAGUGCAAUUGCAAUGUAACUAUUGCAUAGCUUCCUUUUUUGUGACACCCCAAGUGACACUGGUUCUUACAAUUGAAACCCAGUAGAUUUUUGCCACCCCUCCACCCAAUUGUUCAGGCAAAUGGUACUUUGCAGAAGCUUAAAACCUUUUUGAGCCUUAGUGUGCCUAUAACGAGCAGCAUAAAUAUUCAUGCUUUUCUUUUCCAUUGGUUUCAUUCAAACUGUGCAGUUUAAGCAGACUAUCAGUUAAAUAUUGUAAAUAGUUUCUAUUGUAUGGUGAUUUUUAGUUUUAAUAAACACUUAAUCUGAA